AUGGUUUGGUCUUCCGGAUCGAAGCCGCUUUUGGACAAAAACGUUCAUGUGUGCAUCGUCGCAACUCUUUUGUGUAUGGAGAAUGUGAACGAGUUCGUGUUAAUUGACAUGGAUUUAGUCGAGAUUGGUAAUAUGCGCAGGCAGAUCUUAUUUUCCUCAAAAGACAUCGGUUCGUACAAGGUCGAUUGUGUGAAGCGAGCUAUUAUAGCUCGCAACUCGACUGCUCACGUUCACUUGUAUAAACAGUCAUUUCAAUCAGUCGAUAAGCAACAGUUGUGCUCAGUUCAAGUUAUUUUUGGGUGCACCGAUAAUCUGGAAGCAAGGGAAGCGAUUAACCAAUUCGCGCUCACGCACUCGAUUGUUUACAUUGACGGCGGAUCUUCAGGAUUUGGAGGCCAAGCUCAGUUGAUUCUUCCUGGAAUCACUCCAUGCUUCCAUUGUCUCUCUUGCCUGUUUUCAACAGAGUCACAACAAAUCCCCUUGUGCACGAUCCGUUCCCGUCCUACGCGUCCAGAACACUGCAUUCUGUAUGCUUCAACGGUGUUGUGGGAGAAUGCCUUUCAAUCUCCUUGCGACAUCCACGAUGAAGCAGCGUGUCGAUGGAUUUACGAGAAAGCGCUGGAGCGAAGUAGAGAAUAUUCGAUCGACGGCGUAACGCUCGAGACGACAAAAGUGGAUUAA